UUCUGUCCACUCACAUCUUGAGGUGUCUACAGAGUCUGUCCUGUGUGUCCCUCUGCUCCUGAGCAUCCAUCAGCUGAGAUGUCCUGCCAGCAAAGCCAACAGCAGUGCCAACCUCCUCCCAAGUGCACCCCCAAAUGCCCUUCAAAGUGCCAGGCCCCCAAAUGCCCCCCAAAAUGUUCUCCUAAGUGCCCCCCUGUAUCUUCCUGCUGUAGCCUGGGUUCUGGGGGUUGCUGCAGCUCCAGCUCUGGGGGUUGCUGUAGUUCCAGCUCUGGGGGCUGCUGCAGCUCUGGGGGUGGUGGCUGCUGCCUGAGUCACCACAGGCCUCGCAGAUCUCUCCGUCGUCAUCGCCAUAGCUCUGGAUGCUGUAGCAGUGGUGGCAGCAGUGGCUGCUGUGGCAGCAGUGGUGGCAGCAGUGGCUGCUGUGGCAGUAGCCAACAGUCUGGGGACUGCUGCUGACCUGAGUAACCAACACUUUAGACAAGUCAUUCAGGAGGAAGCCAUGUUCAGAAGACUGCCCCUGCCUGCUGUUCUGUCCUGCUCCUCCUUUGUUUCAAGCGUAGGUCACUACAAUACUGAAAUCUAACUGUGGAGAUUCAGAAUUUGUUCCCAUGUUGCUACCCCUUCUGUGUUUCAGAGUAAUAAAGCCUUCCCCACUGAUCCUUA